UGAAUGGUUUAAGUCAUCGAGUACACCCAGAUAAUAAUGGACUAACCGCGGUGUUCAAUUAUGUGUUGUCUCAGUGUUUAGUGCAGCUUCGGGGAUUUUCCGCAGUAUGAACACAUCAGAGACAAUCUCGGAGUUCAUAAUCUUGGGCUUAUCGGGGUUCAAGGACAACAAAACGCUCCUGUUUGUUAUUUUUCUGUUGGCCUACACGGUCAUUCUGGGAGGGAACAUCAUGAUAAUAUACUUGGUACGGACGGACGCCAGGCUCAACUCGCCCAUGUAUUUCUUCCUGCACAACCUGUCAUUCGUGGACAUCAUCUAUACAUCGGUGACCAUCCCCAACAUGCUGUCUGGCUUAUUGACGGAGACCAAGUCCAUCUCGGUGCCAGGCUGCUUUCUGCAGAUGUACUGGUUCAUCUCGAUGGCGGUGACCGGUCGCAGCCUGCUCACCGUGAUGGCGUUCGACCGCUACGUGGCCAUCUGCAACCCACUGCGCUACACCGCCAUCAUGACGCGGAAGGUCCGCGUGCUCCUCAUCUGCGGGGCGUGGGGGUUCGGCAUGGCCUGCACGCUCCCCGCGGUCUCCAUGGCGAGCCGGCUGCCGUACUGCGGGCCCAACCGCGUGCGGCACUGCUUCUGCGACCCGUCCUCCGUCAUGCGGCUGACCUGCGGCGACGCGGCCGCCGCGAGCCGCGUGUCGCUGUCCUGCGCCGCGGUGGCUCUGCUCGUCACGCUGGCCCUCAUCCUGGCCUCCUACGCCUCCAUCGGCGCCUCCAUCUGCCGCAUGGGCUCCUGGGAGGUGCGGCGGAAGGCCUUGGGCACCUGCGCCUCCCACCUGACGGUGGCGUCGGUGUCCUACGGCUCGGCGGCCUUCGUGUACACGUCGUACCGCGUGGGCGGGUUCUCGGCCGACGUGCGCAUCGUGGUGGCCAUCCUGUACUCCGGCCUCACGCCGCUCCUCAACCCCGUCAUCUACAGCCUGAGGAACCGGGAGCUGAGGGACGCCGUGAGGAGGACCUUCUGCCCGCGCCGCGCCGUGUCUCCGCGGGGCGGGAAGGCCGUCGCCGCGUUGACCUGA